AUGAUUCCGCCAAGUGUCUCGUGUCGAGCCUGCAGUUCCGCCUGCAGCAGCCUCCAAGCCAUCGUCCGCGAUGGCGUAUAUUCAAUCUCCACCAAUCCGAACGCAUACAAUUCCUCGCUGUUCAAAACCCAACAUGUCCGCUUCUCGUCUCACGCCGCAGGAGUCAGACCAGAUGCUCACCUCAGCCUGAAUCUAACCCAUCAACCCUCGCGUCGAGCCUUCCACACAACGCUAGCAACCCACCUAGAGAAACCCUCUCCCUCGAAACUUUCCUACCGCGUCGCCGUCUCCUCCUCCGGCAAAGGCCGCCGCUUCCACCCCAUCAAAAAUGCAUACAAUUUCGACCCUGCCGCAGACGCCAUAGGCGUUUCAAGUGACAAAAACUCCGUCAGUCGCCGUCGCAACCGCCCAGACUCCGGCGAAGACGCUUUCUUCGUAAGCCGUAUCGGAAAUCGCAUCUCAGACUACCAAGAAACAAACGCCGAAGCAGUCGCCUUCGGCGUCGCAGAUGGCGUAGGUGGCUGGACGGAAUCUCGCGUCGACCCAGCCGACUUCUCCCACGGCUUGUGCAACUACAUGGCGCACACCGCACAGACCUGGCACGAGCCCGCCGAGCGCUUGCGCUCUAAAUACCUCCUGCAGGCCGGGUACGACCAGGUGGUGGCGGAUUCGACGAUCCGGGCAGGUGGGAGUACGGCCUCUAUUGGCGUCGCCUUGCCGGAUGGACGGGUCGAGUUGGCCAAUUUGGGUGAUUCUGGCUCGGUGUUGUUGAGGAGGGCCGCGGUGCAUCAUUACUCGAUUCCGCAGACGCAUGGUUUCAACACCCCGUACCAGCUUAGUGUGAUCCCGCCGCGUAUGCGCGCCCAGGCGUCUGUCUUUGGCGGGGCGUUUUUGGAGGAUUUCCCUAGUGAUGCGUCCGUUACGAAUGUGCAGAUGCAGAAUGGGGAUGUACUCAUUAUUGCUACCGAUGGUGUUUUUGAUAAUAUCAAUAAUCAGGACAUUCUCAAGCUCGUCACGAGCCGUAUGGUUCUGACGGGCGCGUGGACGGCUACGGAGUCUGGCGUCGGAGUCUCGGAGAAUCUGCGUGCACUCGCUGCGCCGGGUGGAUUGGCUGGUGCUCUUCCGACUCCGCCAGGCUCGCCGCUUUCCAAGAACCCGGCUCACACCGAGUCCGGACCUGAGGAUGGAGUCACCUUGCAGUCUGUUCUCGCGGCGACGAUUGCUGGCGAGGCGAAGAUUGCUAGUAUCGACUAUCGUCGUGAUGGGCCCUUUGCUAAGGAGGCUCAGCGCUACUACCCCGGUGACUAUUACCGCGGCGGGAAAGUUGAUGAUAUCUGCGUCGUGGUUGUCAUCGCUGUCGAUGCAUGA